AAAAAACUCAUCACCACUCACUCCUAGGGUUCUUCCGUUCCGACCAACGCUAAACCCAAAAUGUGAAUGUGCCGCCAUACAUUUAUUCUGACAGCCUUUCGAGCUUCAGAUAAUCAACCCCCCACCAAUAUGGCCACAGCAAGACCCAGUCUGACUCAAUUGAGUCGGACGUACUCGAAUUCGGUACGACCAUCACCCCUCCAUCUCCCAAUACGACAAUUCAGCAUAACGACGCCCUGCGCAAAGGGAAACAAGAAGAUAGUCUCGAAGAAAGAGAAGCCCGCCUCGAAGCCGACGACAUUCAAGAAGAAGGUUGUGGAAAAGAAGAAGAAGACGAAGUCCACCACACACUACCCGGUUCCUAGUAUGAAGAAUGCAGAGACAUUUGCGCUCUUGGAUGCUAUGCGGUAGGAUAUCUGCUGGAUUUAGUAGGAAGGCUAUGCUAAUUCAGGAUAGCAUAAUUCGAGCAUGGGAAGUAGGACAGAAACCGACGUCUGUCAAGUACGAGAUUGCGCUGAGGAUAUCUGGACUGAGAAAUGGACCUGUGGUGCGAAAUCGAAUAAGACUCCCCCACCCUGUCAAAACGGAUUUCAAUGUCUGUGUUAUUUGCCCGCCGGAUUCGAAAUAUGCCGAGGAUGCGAGGGCAGCUGGUGCUGUAUUGGUAGGAGAGGAUGAGGUGUUUGAUGCUGUAAAGGAUGGGAAGAUUGCAUUCGACAGAUGUCUUUGCCAAACCGACUCUCUAGUCAAAAUGAACAAAUCUGGGAUAGGACGAGUGCUGGGUCCUCGAGGGUUAAUGCCAAGCACUAAAACUGGCACCGUUGUGGCUGAUCCAGUAAAGGCAAUGAGAGAUAUGGUGGGAGCUUCAGAAUAUAGGGAAAAGAUGGGGGUUGUCAGAAUGGCAGUGGGCCAGCUGGGGUUUACCCCCAAGGAGAUGCAAACCAACGUCAAGGCUUUCAUCGAAGCAGUAAAGAAGGACAUUGCACGAUUGAGUGAUAAGAUUAGCAAAAAUAUGGCAGAGGUGGUGUUGAGUUCGACGAAUGGGCCGGGUCUACCACUGAAUGGAACAUUUGCCUCUCCAGCCUCAGAGAUCACGGAAGCCGAUUUGUCUGGGAAGUAGUGUACAAUCAAGUUGUAAAUAUUACUGUAAAAUAUUUCAAUUAUUGUUCCUGGUAUAUGCCUUCAACUCC